CCUCGCUUCUUCUUUUUCUUCUUCUUCUUCUUCUUCUUCUUCCUCUCUCUCUCUCUCUCUCUCUCUCUCUCUCUUUCACAUGAUCUAAACCAUGCAAGCCUCUCUUCGCUUCUCUAAUAGUUCUUCCUCUUUACUCUCAGACCCUAAAACACAACAAAAUUACACCAAAACACCAUCUAUAACAUGCAAAAUCAUCAUCAAUCCUUCAAAGAAAAAAUUUCCUUUGAAAAAGCUGCCACUCUCACUGCCGCCUCCACCAUUAUCGGAACCUGCACCACCAUCACUAGAACCGGGACCCACGUUCACCACUCCAAGAGAAACUGACCACCCUAUUGCUUUAAACCCACUUCAAAAGCUUGCAGCUUUAGCUUUAGACAAAAUAGAAUCUUCACUGCUUGUACCGUUUGAAAGAAACCAUUUAUUACCAAGAACCAUUGACCCGACAGUUCAAAUUUCAGGUAAUUUCGCGCCGGUUCUUGAGUGUCCGGUUCAUCAUGGUAUAGAAGUUGUGGGCCAUAUUCCGAACAGCUUACGUGGCGUUUACUUACGAAACGGUGCAAAUCCUGUGUAUGCACCCACAGGCGGCCACCACUUAUUUGACGGUGAUGGUAUGGUUCAUGCAGUUACUUUGGGAUAUGAAAACCGAGCCAGUUAUAGCUGCAGGUUCACUCGUACGAGCCGGCUCGAGCAAGAAGCCGCAUUGGGCAGGUCAGUUUUCCCUAAACCAAUUGGUGAGCUGCAUGGACACUUAGGUUUUGCUCGGCUUUUAAUAUUCAUGGUUCGAGCCGGUAUCGGUCUGGUAGAUGGGUCACGUGGCACAGGCGUAGCAAACGCUGGGUUAGUUUAUUUCAACGGUCGAUUAUUAGCCAUGUCAGAGGAUGAUCUUCCUUAUCAUGUAAAGAUCAAGGGUGAUGGUGAUCUUGAAACGAUCAAACGGUUCAGUUUCGAUGAUCAACUUGAUUGUCCAAUGAUUGCACACCCUAAGGUGGACCCUGUAACCGGCGAGCUCCAUGCAUUAAGUUACAACGUAGUACAAAAGCCUUACUUGAAAUACUUCAAGUUUGACAAGUACGGCAAAAAGUCACGUGACUUGGAUAUAACCUUACACCAGCCCACAAUGAUCCAUGACUUUGCGGUCACCAGGAAUUUCGUAGUAAUACCGGAUCACCAAGUAGUUUUCAAGUUAUCCGAGAUGAUUCGUGGCGGGUCACCCGUAAUUUACGACAAAAACAAGACUUCAAGGUUUGGAAUUUUAUCAAAAAAUGAAGUGAAUGAGUCUGGGAUUCAAUGGAUUGAGGUACCAAAUUGUUUUUGCUUUCAUUUGUGGAAUUCAUGGGAGGAAAUUUCUACUAAUGGUGAUAAAAUUAUUGUUGUUAUCGGGUCAUGCAUGAACCCACCCGAUUCGAUCUUCAAUGAAUCCGAAACAGCAAUUCAAAGUGAACUAUCAGAGAUUCGCUUAAACAUGAGGACCCGAGAGUCAACCCGGAAAGCCAUAGUCAGGGGCAUGAAUUUAGAAGCGGGUCAAGUAAACCGAAAGUUUGUGGGUCAGAAAACCCGGUAUGUAUACUUGGCAAUAGCGGAACCAUGGCCGAAGUGUAGUGGUAUUGCUAAGGUUGAUUUGGAGACUAAGGAAGUGACUAAAUUUAUGUAUGGUAAAGGAAGGUAUGGAGGAGAGCCCUUUUUCGUGGCAAAAAAUAGAGAAGGAGAAGAAGAAGAAGAUGAUGAUGAUGAUGGUAAGAAAAUUGGCAAUGUUAUUAAUGAUGAAGAAGGUGAAGGAUACAUUAUGGGUUUUGUAAGAGAUGAGAUAAAGGAAAGGUCUGAGUUGGUGAUAGUGAAUGCAACAGGCAUGGAGCAAGUAGCUUCCGUAAGUUUGCCCACUCGAGUGCCUUAUGGAUUUCAUGGUACUUUUGUUAGUGAAGAUGAAUUAAAAGGACAGGCUUUGUCUUAAAACUUACUUAAUUCAUGAUCUAUGUAACCCUUGUAAUAUUGUACUUUAAUUUGUACAUACCUAUAGCCUUAUAAAUGAAAAGCUUAUAAUAUAUACACA